GACCCGGCAAGCAAUUUCGUAAACAGUCGGCCUCCGCUGCGUAUGCCGGUGCCUAUCGUCUCCGAGUCUUUGACAAUUGGCGUCCUCACUCUUCCUCGUAUUUCUCUCAUGCCUGACCCAGUGACGCAGAAAGCCACCAAAGAGCUCAACACUUUGGCUGACAAGAAUGCCGACUCAACAGAAUCUGAGGUCCGUUAUAUGGCCUAUGGUGCACGUCUAAGGACGGCCCUCCGUGCGGGACAGAGAUACAUUGCCUAUACCAGUGAUGUGGGAGAAGCCUUCCGUCCUGUCGUUCCCCCUGCAGUCGUUACAGCAGCUUAUGGGAUCUCGUGGUUGUAUUUGGCCGGUGAUGUGGGAUACGAAUCCUAUAAAGCUCACAGGAGAGGCCCUUCACCGCUGGAAGCCGCUCAUUUCGCCGAGCCAACCCGUAUUUCCAUGAUCGCUGUAAAGCGUGCUGUGUUCCAGUCAAUAGCAUCUAUGGCCCUCCCUGCUCUCACUAUUCAUACGGCAGUAAAGCAAGCCAAGAAGGCCUUCGUGAAUGUCAAGAAUACUCGUGUCAGGAUAUGGGGCCCGACGAUAACUGGUCUAUCCAUUGUUCCAGUUCUGCCAUACCUAUACGACAAGCCAGUCGAACAUGCUACGGAUUUCGCUUUCGAGUGGAUAGAGAAGAAACUCAUAGAGCAACAGUCGGAGAAGAAGACUGAGCCAUGACGUAGUAAUCUCUACGCUCGUGCUUCUCGAUUUAUCUUACACUACUCACUAGUACCAAUGUUACCAAAUAGAAAUUAGAACGAUACCUCGUUGAAUAGCAUCACAACGUCCUUCUGCGACCCCCACAAUAUUAAUGCAUGUUAAGCAAGGCUGGU